CCGCGUGUAGACUGUACGUGUUUCUUGCUGCUGUUUAAGCCACUAUCAAAAAAAGUUCAAUUAAUUACCAAUUCACUUAAAACCACGGUGUUAUCUGUGUGUCUCUUUAACUGCAUACAUUGUUUCUGUGUCAACGCAAGCAUCACGGAUUUCUUUUACAAAAUUUCACCACCGAACCAUGUGACCGGCCGUCAGUCCACGCCAGAUCAGCACCGAGGACGCAUCUUGGCCAAAUUGCACGGAUAGUAUUAUCGUAGCGAUAAAACAACGAAAUCCAUGCAAUCGAAACUUCGAAAAACAAAAAAAAACUUAACCAAAAAUAUUUUGAAAUAAGAAUCGGGAACGUUAAUUUUGAAGUGUUACUUGCUGAAGUGUGUUCUGUUUAGUAAAAAAAAAUCAAAGCUUCUUCCGUGUUUAGACUAGUUAGCAACUUGUACAAUCGGAGGUUUCCAUAAUUUGAAUUUUGAAUUAAGAUCUCGUGUGGUCAAACUGAAUUGUUGGUAGUGUUCUAGCGCGUUUGAACGACGCGUUAGUGACUGGUACAAGUGUGGUGCUUGUGGACUAUUAGUAAUGGCAACUACAGGUAGUGAGAUGUGGCUGCAGUGGUUUGCGUGCUGCUACCAGCCCGCUGCGCAGGCCCAGAGGACAGCUCGUCGGAGAAUAGACAGAUCUAUGAUUGGUGCACCAACCAAUUUCCAACAUACUGGACACAUAGGGUCUACGGACGUUGACAUGCCGUCGUCGCUACUGCACUCCAUCCAGAACCAGAUGCAGAGCAAGGGCGGCUACGAGAUGCCUUACGGUGUUAAGGCUUACUGAAGAUGUUAGCGAGAUUAUCAGAGACACUAGUGACAAAGAAAACAAGAGUGAAAAUGUUUUGAAUAUGAUCUUGACAUACGUAUUUAUUAAAGAACACUAGUGUGUAGAUUUAGUUUUAGUUUUGUUGUGUACAGAGUAAAACCGGAGUCAGUUGUAUAUCUGAGUUACCUAAAACCGCGCACAGAAAUGUUGUGUAUAAUAAUGAAUAAGGGUAGAGCCAUACUCAAAAUACGUGAUGCGGCGUGUAUUUUUCGUGGCUCAAAGCACUCAAUACAAAGUCGCAGUCGUUGAUCUAUAAUCUAUUAAAGGGUACUCUUAAAACAAAUUUUAAAGUGCAGCAGUAGGGCUAAGGCUUUCACAAACAGUGAGAAACCACCUUUAGAUUUUUACUCAGUCGCGCUGCAUACCGAAGGUCGAUAGCCGAAUCAUGUGACUAUACUAUAACCUUAUUUAUGAAAUGUGAUAUACUCGCAUAUUAUCUGAAUUUAUGGUACUCACUCAAAGUGCGUUUUUUAACCAAAACUGGAAAAUUUGCGCCAAUCAAAAAGCUAUGCGACUAUCACAUUGGCACCAUUGUCCUAAGAAAAUCAAUUCAAUGUAUUUUCAUUGCAAGCAACAGUACCUUUAUUGUUAUAAUAUAUGCUCGCUCGCAAUCCUACCAUACCACAACUAUAACAUAUCUGAAACUUGACCCUGAUAAGCUGAUCUUCUCAUUCGCAUGAAUUAAAGACAAUUGAAUCUAGACUAUAAAUGAGAAGCCUUCUUAAACUGCUACUGUGACUUUUGUAAAAUAAUUUGCUAAAAUUUUUUUUUGUUUAGUCAUCUAAACUAGUUAUACGACUUCCUGCGGUGCUUUAUAAGUUUAUGACAAUAUCUGGUGGAGUUCAUUACAUAAAAUGACGUGAUCUGGUAAGGGAGGUUUCGCAUUCUGUAUUUUAUUGUAAUUAUACCUGAUAUUGGAGACGUUAAUUACCCGCGAGAAAAUAAAUGUGCACUAUUAAAUUAUAGCGUUCCCCUACUGUAUAAUUGAUAAUCCAUCUUUAUGUAUCACAAAGCCCAGUUGGUUAAAAAGUAUCGCUUCUAGUAGUAACAUUUUAAAAUAACAAAAUAUAAUACUUACUGCAAAACAUUUCAAAAUAUGACACAAAAUAUCAACUCAACGCCUACUCGACUCAGAAAUUCAUGUCAAAAAUUUGACAUAAAUUGGGUUUGUUUUAAGUAUGGGCACCGCAUGGCACAAUAUUUUUGAAUAUUUAUUUCAUGUCAUUUUCAAUACAUUAAUUCGAGUCGAGUCGCUUUUGUGCGAGAAUGCUGUAAAAUGAAUAUAAUUUUCUUACACAAUCCGAUCGAUUGACAUGAAAACAUAAAACAAUUCAGUGUCAGUGUGUAUAUCUAAUUAUAUCUUUACAAAAUGCACUUUUUCAAUUAAGUCUUCAAUGUCAUACAGAAUCAAGGGCCGGGUAAAAUAACGUGAACGGAACUCAAAAUACCAAAUCAUUGUUCUCAUAUUAAACUUCGUAAUAUACUUGUCUAUACCUUUAGGAUGUAGAUUUGUAAACUGUGUGUGUUUAAUGUUUGUUAGUUGACUAUUCUCAUGUUUAGAGUAAGAUGUUUGUACCGUUAUUAUCUCACUCCCGUAAUCACAAAUUUUACUAGUAUCUAAGUGCAUCCUGAUCAAUACGAAGUGUGGAUUCCAGAAAUCAAACCAAUCAGCAUUUUAUCAUCUUUUUAAAUCCGCGCUAUUAAAGAAUGGAUUUCUGAAAGGCAGCCGACGUCGUGCUAAACCUAUUCUUUAAUAGUGCGGGCGGUUUACCACGUUAGUACCAUUAAGGAACUUUAAUAAAAAAAACUUUCUUUCAUGGUAACUCAGAAACGUACUUUGGACGAUUUAUUAUGCUCAGCAUAUGCCGGACGUUACAAUAAGUCUAAAGUUUGUUAUUGACAGGCAAUGUGGCUUCAGUAGGGCAUUAAUUUAAUAACUUGUAACACUAAAUAAGAAUAAGUGUAAUUUAUUUAUUUCAUGCUUUUUCUGUCUGUUUUUGUAAACUUUGACCAGGAAAUUUGAAUAACCUGUUCUGGGGACGCCACUUUUGCAUGGCACAGUGUAUAGAAA